AUGUACAGCUUCACUUACUACUCUGGUCUGAAACCAUCCUUCAAAGAUGGUUAUAUUAGCCUCGAAUUCCAGCCGGGACAGGAACGUUACCGGAGCACAGGCUGCAGGUCCUCGCGGCCGGCGAAUACCACACUGAACACAAGUAUCCGGCCAGAGGACGCUGAUAUCCGGCCAAAGGACGGUGAUAUCCGGCCAGAGGACGCUGAUAUCCGGCCAAAGGACGGUGAUAUCCGGCCAGAGGACGGUGAUAUCCGGCCAGAGGACGGUGAUAUCCGGCCAGAGGACGGUGAUAUCCGGCCAGAGGACGGUGAUAUCCGGCCAGAGGACGGUGAUAUCCGGCCAGAGGACGGUGAUAUCCGGCCAGAGGACGGUGAUAUCCGGCCAGUGGACGGUGAUAUCCGGCCAGAGGACGGUGAUAUCCGGCCAGUGGACGGUGAUAUCCGGCCAGAGGACGGUGAUAUCCGGCCAGAGGACGCUGAUAUCCGGCCAGAGGACGCUGAUAUCCGGCCAGAGGACGGUGAUAUCCGGCCAGAGGACGGUGAUAUCCGGCCAGUGGACGCUGAUAUCCGGCCAGAGGACGGUGAUAUCCGGCCAGAGGACGGUGAUAUCCGGCCAGAGGACGCUGAUAUCCGGCCAGUGGACGGUGAUAUCCGGCCAGAGGACGCUGAUAUCCGGCCAGAGGACGCUGAUAUCCGGCCAGAGGACGGUGAUAUCCGGCCAAAGGACGGUGAUAUCCGGCCAGAGGACGGUGAUAUCCGGCCAGAGGACGGUGAUAUCCGGCCAGAGGACGGUGAUAUCCGGCCAGAGGACGGUGAUAUCCGGCCAGAGGACGCUGAUAUCCGGCCAGAGGACGGUGAUAUCCGGCCAGAGGACGCUGAUAUCCGGCCAGAGGACGGUGAUAUCCGGCCAGAGGACGCUGAUAUCCGGCCAGAGGAUGAUACCCAAGGCCACGACUCGUCAAGCAUUCAUACAAUGACCUUACGAAACCCAUGUAAUAUAAUUUAA